AUGCAACACCGUUGUUGGACAUUGUUCUCUUCUAUCUGCUUCAUUUCCAUUAUCAUCAUUAUAUUAACAAAGAAUCCCUCGUCACAAACUUGGCUGCAGAAUCCGUCAUUCACAUUUAAUAUCACUCAAAUCAACGAAUGUCACCAUGUUGUCAGGUCAUUCUUUCGUUUCCUAUGUGAAAAAAAUCAUUCGUUACGAUCAGUCCAAUUAUCAACGGAUUCGAAUGAUCACGUCUGUUAUCAGCUUUAUUCCAAGAAUAAACAUGCCGACUUAUUUGCACGUGUCCAACUUCAUUUCCAACCGUUCUCCAAUCGAAAGAUUCUUUUCAGCGAUAUCGAAAACUUGUCCAAUUCAUGUUUAAGCUGCCAUCAUAUUCAAAUCAUUCAGAACAAACUGUAUAUUAUCCCCAGGCCGAAUGCUUUCAAUUAUCAAACUCGUAGUCGUAGUGUGAAACUACUAAUCAAACAGAUGAUGGACACAUUUCCCAACAUUCCUGACCUCGACUUAUUCUUUCAUGUUGAUGACGCAGUAGAAUUACCAAAUGGAUUGAAUGAUGUGCGUUUCAAUGUACCCAUCUUUGCUUUUACAAAAACCAACAAAACAAAACGAGGCUUACGACCCGAUGCCAUAAUUCCCAUGCCGUGUUUCACAUUAUGGAGUUGGCCUGAAGUACGAGCAGGUCGAUGGACGAAAGCAUCGCAAUCGAUUUUAAAUGCAUCCCACAGCAUAGAAUAUGAAAAGCGUGUGAUAAAACUAUUCUGGCGUGGGGUGCGGACUUGGAAGAGAACCUGGUUUCUUCGAACGGCAAAGCUAUACCCAGAUACGAUGGACUUAGCUCCGGUGAGCUGGCAGAAAAGUACAGACGGUCUAGCCUACAAAGCUUCGUUUUCAUAUAGAACAUUGGAAGACCAUUGCAAUUAUAAAUAUCUAGUACAUUUGGAAGGAAGUACGUAUUCAUCUCGACUGAAAUACCUGCUGCUUUGUGGUUCGCCUGUCAUUUUCAAUCCUCUUCAAGCGUGGGAGGAAUAUUGGUAUCAUCUCUUGAAAGAUCGAGAAAAUAUUAUGCUAUUCGAAGAAGCCGGAAAUGAAGCAGCUUUCAAUCGAACACUCGAUUUCUUGAUGCACAAUGAGAAAAGAGCAAAAGAAAUAGGUCGACGAGGUCAACAAUUGGUAUUAGAUUAUCUGAAUGAACAUGCAGUCAGCUGCUAUUGGUGGAAACUAAUGCAUGAAUAUGCUAAGCUGCUAGGAUAUCAACCGAUAUUGCAUCGAGACGCGAUCUAUAUCGAUGAUUUUCUUCUCGGAGGUUUUUCUUAG